CCAUCUGACCCGGAAGCAUGUUCGCUCUAUCUCAUCCUCAGAGAAGUGCUGGAUGACAACAAUGCAGAUAAUCUGUCGCUUUAAAAAAUUAACUUUUGAGUUCUUAUAAACUUUAUCUGCACCCUAACGAUAAUGAAGCUGCGCGUGCAGCUGCAGUGUAAGAACCUUCAUGAAUACCUGAAAGAGCUGACUCCUGAGAUCCUGGACAGACUGUACAACCAUCCAGCGACAUGCCUGGCUGUCUACAGGGAACUCCCCUCUCUGGCUAAGAACUAUGUGAUGAGGAUGCUGUUCCUGGAUCAGCCUCUCCCCCAGGCAGCGGUGGCUCUGUGGGUGAAGAAGGACAGUCAGAAGGAUCAUGAUGAGUGUGUGUCCGUGUUAGCGGGCCUCCGUCUGUGGCACAGUCAGCAGCUGCAGGGAGGUCUGCAGGGCUACAUCCUGAACCCCAUCUUCAAAGAGAACUUGAGGAUCGCUCUGCUGGGAGGGGGCAAAGCGUGGGCAGACGAGGGCGCCAGUCUGGGUCCAGACCGCCACGCUCGGGACAUCGAAAGUCUUGACAAAUACGCGAUGGAGCGCUGGGAGGUGAUCCUGCAGUUCAUGGUGGGAUCUCCGUCUGCCGCGGUCAGUCAGGACCUCGCUCAGCUGCUGGUUCAAGCAGGACUCAUGAAAAGUGAGGCAGGAGAGGCUCCCUACAUCACCUCAGCUGGUUUCCAGUUCCUCUUACUGGACACGGCCUCUCAGCUGUGGUACUUCACCCUGCAGUACCUCAAAACUGCUCAGUCCAGAGGGAUGGACCUGGUGGAGAUCUUGUCCUUCUUAUUCCAGCUCAGCUUCUCCACGCUCGGCAGAGAUUACUCUGUGGAGGGAAUGAGCGAGUCUCUACUCACCUUCCUGCAGCACCUGAGGGAGUUUGGACUCGUCUUCCAGAGAAAGAGGAAGUCGAGGCGGUACUACCCGACCAGGCUGGCCAUCACUCUGGCUGCAGGAGUCACCAGCUCCUCCUCCUCCUUCUCCACCUCUUCUUUAGCUACCACUCCUGGUACGGGAGACCCGGGCUACAUCGUGGUGGAAACAAAUUAUCGAAUCUACGCUUACACAAACUCCGAGCUUCAGAUUGCUCUGGUGGCUCUGUUCAGUGAAAUGUUGUACCGCUUCCCCAACGUGGUCGUGGCUCACGUCACCAGAGAGUCGGUGCAGCAGGCCAUCGCCAACGGCAUCACGGCACAGCAGAUCAUCCACUUUCUGAGGACCAGAGCUCACCCUGUCAUGCUCAAACAGACUCCGGUCCUUCCUCCGACCAUCACGGAUCAGAUCAGACUGUGGGAGCUGGAGAGAGACAGACUGCAGUUCACUGAGGGUGUGCUGUAUAACCAGUUCCUCUCCCAGGUGGACUUUGAGGUGCUGAGAGACCGAGCUCAGGGUCUGGGCUGUCUGGUGUGGCAGGAUGUGGCUCACAGGGUGAUGGUGGUGUCGCCUCAGGGACACAGCGAGGUGAAGAGGUUCUGGAAACGACAAAAGACUCACACGUAACACAAGGACAAAAGAUGAUUACUCACACAUGACAUGGGGCAAAGAGACAAAAACAACACAUAAAACGGGGAAGAGGAGAAAGACUCGCUCUUAAUACAAGGACGAGAGACGGAGACUCACAUGUAACGCGAUGAGGUGCAGUGAGGACACCUGUUCAUCGCUGUAAGAAAGAGGAGAGGAUUUAAUUAUUUUGUAUAUUUCAAAAGAUGUUUAUUCGUGUGUUUUGGAUUAAACGGUGAGAGUGAAAA